GCUGUGAGGGGGAUUGGUUGGUCGACGCAUGGCAUGGCUGGGGAGCUCUUCCGGCCGCUAGCAUUGCUAAUUUUCGCACAGGCAUCAGAAAUGGAGGGCAAGAUUGAAUCGGUGCAGGUCUUCGGCCGCAAGAAGAACGCUACGGCUGUCGCUUACUGCAAGCGCGGCCACGGCCUUAUCAAGGUCAACGGCACGCCCAUCGAGCUCGUGGAGCCCGAGAUCCUGCGCGUCAAGACCUACGAGCCCGUGCUUCUGCUGGGCCAGCAGCGUUUCGCCAACGUGGACAUCCGCAUCCGCGUGAAGGGUGGUGGUCACACCGCUCAGAUCUACGCGAUCCGUCAGGCCAUCGCCAAGGCCAUCGUUGCCUACUACCAGAAGUACGUUGACGAGGCCUCCAAGAAGGAGAUCAAGGACAUCCUGCUCGCCUACGACCGUACCCUCCUGGUCGCCGACCCCCGUCGUUGCGAGGCCAAGAAGUUCGGUGGUUCCAGUGCCCGUGCUCGCUUCCAGAAGUCGUACCGUUAAGCGGCGUCUUCCGACCGAUGGGUCCCUUCUACCGUUCCUGCUCUCUGUUGUUCAAGCCGCUUGUUGCUGGUGGCGUGCAUUGCUGCUAAGCACAUGGCUUGGUUCUCGGUAGAGAUAGGUAUGAAGGCGUCCCCAUAAUAAACGUGCGAUAAUUUAGCGGCAAAUUACUGUUAUUUUUCCUCGCUUUUUAUUCAUGC